ACGCCUUUUUUCUUUCUUGCUUAGAGCUCCAAUUCAUUACUUCUGUUUUAGCAAUUGGAUUUUUCUUGCUGCCCAACUGAAGCUUCGAUGUCUUUUUCAGCAUAAGUCUUGGGUUUCCAUGAUUUCCAUGGCAUUUCAAGAAAGUCCCAUUUCUUUUGCAACGUAAUUACACUCGAUUUCUCCUUCUUCUCUGUUUGGGUGCAAUUCUCUUGGCCUUCUGUGUUUUCUGUUUGGUUCCUUUUGUGAAUCUGACACCCGUUCUUGACUGCAUCUCUAAGUUGUGAAAUUCACAAGCCUUUACUAUGUAAAUAUUUCUAUCCUGCCAAUUACCCAGCAGGUAUGAAUGCCACCCCAACAAAAUAUUCAGAAAACUACUUGAAAGAGAUAUUCUGGAAUUUUUUAUGUGUAUUCAUGGUUUUGGAGAGGAUCUUUGCUUAGAUAGAGUACUUGGGCAGGUUCGUUUCUGUGAGGAUUAUGGUCGGUGAUUCGAACGAAGCCAGAUGAGCGCUGAUGAGACAAGCAGCGGCUCCUCGUGGAGUAGGGAGCAGGAUAAUUUAUUUGAGGAAGCCCUGGUGUCAUAUCCUGAGGAUUGCAGUGACCGCUGGGAGAAGAUCGCCGCAGCUGUGCCGGGGAAGACCAUCGACGAGAUCAAACAACAUUAUGAGCUUUUAGUGGAAGACAUCAACAACAUCGAGGCUGGUCUUGUGCCUUUGCCUUGUUAUGCAUCUUCAUCAGAGGGUUCAGCCGACCAUGAGGGUGAAGGAGGGGCUGGUAGGAAAGCUGCCCAUUUUGGGAAUUUUCAGAAUGAUUCCAGCCAUGGCGGGAAAGCGUCGAGGUCUGAUCAAGAACGCCGGAAGGGAAUAGCUUGGACGGAAGAUGAACAUAGGUUGUUUCUUCUUGGAUUGGAUAAAUAUGGCAAAGGAGACUGGCGGAGCAUAUCUAGAAACUUUGUGGUGUCAAGGACGCCUACACAGGUGGCGAGCCAUGCACAGAAAUACUUCAUUCGCUUGAACUCAAUGAACAAAGACAGGAGAAGGUCGAGCAUUCAUGAUAUUACCAGUGUGGGUAACGGAGAGGCAUCGGUACCCCAAGGGCCUAUCACUGGUCAAUCAAAUGCACCAACAGGUACUGCCAGUAAAUCUGCCAAACAAUCUUCUCAGCCCCCAUCAGGUGCUUCUGGGGUCGGUAUGUAUGGGACGACAACUAUAGGCCAGCCUGUUGGAGGAUCCCUUGUUUCUGCCGUUGGCACUCCGGUGAACCUUCCUGCCCCACCACAUAUGGCCUAUGGUUUGCGGGCCCCAGUUGCUGGAGCCGUGGUUCCUGGCACACCAAUGAACAUGCCUCCAGUGACAUACCCGAUGCCACAUACGUCUGCCCAUAGGUGAAUGCUGUUGAAUCUCCCAGUGUACAAAGGAAAGAGAAUAGACUAAAUAUUGGGUUCUCUGUCUUUAUUUCUUCGAACGCAAUAAGGUAGCCGUGGCAAGCAUAGCGCAUCUAUCCCAAUGUGAGAAUGUUCUAGUCUGGUUUAUAAAUUUGUUUCAUGUCUGAAUAAGCCAUGAAAAAGGAAUUACAGGUCUGUGUAUAUGCAAUCUAUGGAGGAAGAGGUGGCAGCUUAAUAGAUAGCUUAUCUUAGUUCUUUUAUUUCUGAUGUGGUGUGUAUCCUUGCCCCAUCAGUUUUUAGGUGCACAGUGACAGGCUCUUAGGGAAAAUGUGUAAAAACCCAUAUACUGUUUUGACAUUUAUGUAGUGGUUUGUGCACAUAUUGUGCCAAUUUGCAAAUUGGUUCUGCUCAGAUGCAGGGUGA